AUGGAGGACAGAACAGACACUCAAAUGGCUGUGAAGGUGGAGAAGCAUUCUCAGUAUGUCAUCCUGACUUACUUCCAGGGAGACAUCAACAGCAUGGUAGAUGCUCACUUCACUCGUGCACUCAGCAAAGUCUACAAGUCCAAGGCACAGGCAGCAAAAACAAAGAAAAUACGUAAAACUAUUAAACUGGAAGAUAGCAUCCCCUGUCAGGGGAGUGCUGACCCUUACUCAGAGUCACAGGUCCCUCCUGUAGCAGGACAUCUCCUGACCUUCAGUCCUGCAGACAACGUUCCUGACUCAUGGCACUCGUUCACUGGCAGGGCAGGAGAGGGUCCAGGGUUGCCAUACUCCAUGUCACAAGAUGGUUUGAGUGUAACCGGACAGCAAUACGCCACAUCCUUGCUCAACCUACUGCAUAAUGACCGGGGUGAAAUGGGACCCAGCACGGCCUCCAACUCAAAGCCAGAGGGGCUCCCAAGCUGGACGGUGCCACAAGGAUUCAGAGAGUCUGUAGACCCUGCUUUGGGCUAUGAAACUGGACGCCAUCUGGAAAAGAAAGACCUGUACUGGUAUUGAAGCAUGAGCGGCUGGAGCAGAAGAAACAGAGAACAAUCUCAGCUACACCUGUGGCUCGAGAAAGCCACCCGGCUUUCUGUUCACCUAGUAGCAAUCAAAUAUAUCCUAGUCAAACAAGACUCUUGAGCAUUAUCAGAGUACACAGUGACGAAACAGCCGUGCUUCCAUUCUCUCUCCCGCUCUUUCCAUUUCUCAGUCAGAUGACCUCAGUACCUCAGUAUGUAAUAACUGGAACAGCCUUUUUCUGAAAGGGAACAGUCUCUGACAAACCUGUUCUUCAACUCUGUCAGUACUCCUGUAGAGCUAAGAGCUCAGUAUAUGUCGUUGCUUCCUUUGCAGGUUAUUUGAAUGAAGGUCAUUUUCUUUUGUGCUUUUAAUCAGGCACUUCUCUUUGUGGGCCUACACAAGUAAAUAGACCAGUAUUAAGUUAAAGUGUUUGAAUAUUGAUGUUAAUAACUGCGUACAGCUCAUAAAGAUGUGUUUUAGUAGUGGUAGAAUAUUUUAUCUAUCAAAACAAACAAGCAAAAAAAUGAAGGAUAAUGAUGUUAUUUUAUGACUUUCUUUGAACGUGAGGGAAUCUUCAAAUAUUGUUGUGUGCUGUCCUUAAUGCAAUGAUGUAGAAAUAAACAUA